UCAGCUGUUGCAGUUUUCACCUGUGCCCAGCAAUGUGAAAAUUUACCCGAAAAGUUCUUGUAAAUGUGCUUAAAACAUAAUCACGGCUUAUUAAUUCAAUUUACGCAACAACCUUAACUAUAUUGACACGCGAUUCCACAAAGAAACGCGGAAAAAAACGCCGAAAUAGAGUAAAAACUGGGCUGUGUAUCUCCGACUCUCAUCGUCGGCAAAAAAUUUUUUUUGUAAACAAAUAAUUUGCCGAGGGGAAAAACUCAAUUAGUAGUUAACAAAUGCCGUUCAGCUGAGCUAAUUGCAGGGAAAACACGACGAUGGACAAUAAGAAGGAUAUAUAUAACCUGUGGGUGCAGUACACGACAAAGAACGAUGAAACCCAUUUCCGGCAAUUUGUGGCCCGUUUUGUGGCCAUUUGGAGGAGCCAGUUGCAGCUGGACUUCAAGGCAGAGGACUGCCCAAUGUGGAAUGAAGUUCAACCGGAUAGUGGCCCCCAUUUGGGUCGCCUGCCGGAUGAACUACUGCCCGCCAUCGGCAAGUUCAUUAUUGUGGCCAGAGAUUCUUGUGAAACGGAAGGAAAGUUGGAGGAUGAGGCCAUCGAAGAGGUAGCCAUACUCGUCGACUGUCUGGUGAUUGUGUGCCGACACUUUGAUAACAUCCUGGCCAUCAUUAAGUACGAGUACAAGCCAAAUCUGAUCGCCAUACUCUCAAGGGUGUUUAAGCAACAAAUGGAGCUUCCUCAAGCUGUGCCGGCUAUAAGCCAUCUGUUUAGCAGCUUCUCUGCUUUCCUGGAGGUCAUGUACGAUCCGUAUCUUACGUGGAGAAGCUUUGUACGAGGCCAGUCGGCAGAUUAUAGUCGUCUUUCCUAUAAGCCCCACUCGGUUCAUGUAGAAAUUGUACCCUUUAUAUAUGAUUGCUUUCAGGAGGAGAAACUCAUCCGAUAUGCGGAAAUAGGCGAAAGUCUGCUGAACAUCCUGGGUGCUGUGAUUUGCGGCUCGCAGCUGCAAAUGAAAGUGCAGAAGUCUCUAAACUCGACAUCGACCCUGACAAAUAGAAAUACUAACGCUCUAACCACUUCUUCACUUGCCCCCUGCUCGGGUGAUGGGCUGCUAGACUGUGAUAACUUGCGCAAUGGCAUGAAGGCCAUUUGCCCAGCCACGGUGUCCAUCACCAUGAGCAUCCUGCGGCAGUGGGAGAGUGCCAACGAUCUGCGUCGCGUUGCCCUGCAAUGCUAUGCCCUCAUGGUAAUUGUGCUGCAAAAAUCUAGUCCUGAAGAACGCCAAAUAGACCUAGUUACGUUAGUUCAACUCUAUUGUGAUGCUCUGCAAGAGCUGCUGGCCACCAAACACUUUGAGAGCGGGGAUGCCAACUUCGAUAUAGCCAGCGAUGCUGACCAGGAUGUGGCUAUCGACAUGGCUGCUCUUUCCUCCACUGUGGCGGCUGUGAAAUUAUUUGUGGCUGGCGAUGCCGGUGUUAGUGAAGCAAUAACUGAUUCCAAUCUACUGGAACUACUCACCAAUCUGCCAAAGGUUAUUAAGCCCUGGAACAUCAGCCACUCGAGCUCCCUGUGCAGCUCCAUGGAGGCUUUGGCCACUUUAACGCGCCACUCUCCGCAAUUCGCUGCCCAGUUGCGUCAGGGAGAGCGUAUUGAGAGGCUCUUCUGCAGUUUGCAAGAGUUCGGAAAUCCAACAGAGACUUUGCUGGACACUUGCUUCUUGCUGGGAUACGAUGAAAGUGGACACUUGUUGCUGCUACCAGAGGUAAUGCUGCAGUUGCUCAAUUGGGUGCCAACGCUUCAGGAGCAGGAACAGCUUCAUGUGACUAAUCUAGUGCUCAAGGGCUGCACCGACAACUAUGGAACAAAAUCUGUGGCGUGUGGUAGUCAAAUUAUCAAGGCUGUAUGUGGAUGUCUUCUGAAAGCGGAAUCUCUGGCCGAGAACUGUGUCCAGAAUCUCAUCAAGCUGAUAGAGGAACUAAGCAAGCUCAGUAUAGUGCCUGCGGAGCUGAAGUGCAUCUUCGCGCUUUUGCGACAGGGAACUAAAUUUCCACAGCACAAGCAACUGCAGCAGACUCUUGUGGUUAUCGCUCUGCAGAGCUUAAGGGGCAGCAACUCUUGCGCACAGUACUUUUCCAUUGAGCAGCCCACGGAUGGGAUACUCGUGCCAGACAUUCGAAACUGGACAAUUUCCGGCUCGUACGGUUUCAUCUUCCACAUCCUAGUGCGCUUUAAUCAGCUGAAGGAUCAGUCUACCAGUCGUCGCAUGCUGCUCACUCUGCAAACAGUCAGUGGCAGUGGAUUCGAGGUCUUUGUCCAGCCAAAUGGAAAUGUUGUGGUGGCUGCUUUGACGAGGCGGGAGUAUCUCACAUCAUCCACAGCCACCAAGACGCUGAUGGACGGCCAGUGGCAUUACUUAACAGUGGCCAUCACUCCUCCAAAGCGGCCAUUUUCCUACAGUCAAAUCAACAUCUAUGUGGAUUUUGUUCAGAAACUCAGUGCCACACUAAAAGUUCAGGCAGUUAAUGAACCUUUUACGGUGUGCUCGAUUGGAGCUGUGGUUGCGCCACCACAACAAAGCGAGGUGGCCAGGACUGGAAUUAUGCCCCGGUCCUCAUCCCAGGAAAGCGGAUCCAGUGGCUACAGGGGAAUGCUGCCCAGUCUCCUGGAACGUACUCUCUCCGCAAACGUAUCCAACUACUUCACCCUGCCCAUGCGCACUCAGACUGCGUUCGAUCCUAACGUUAAGAACUUUCCCAUCGGAAUGCAGGAUACUGUUUUUGGAGAGCAAACAUGUCUGAAUGGUCAUCUGGGCGGAGUGCUGCUAGCGGAUCCCACCACCAGUUUAAAGACCAUCUUCGAUGCGGGCGCAAAUUUCAGUUCGAUCUUCUCGCAAGACAAUGACCUCCUAGAACUCAACUCUCGCUUCGUUUUCUGCUACGCCCCAGGAGCUGUGUGGCAUGGAACUUGCCAGGAUCUCAUUCCAGGCGGGAAGUUUCCGGGAAGAAUAAAUGCUCAACACUGCAAGAUAGUGAAGAUCCAGGAGACAAUCAACAGUAUAGGAGGCAUCAGCGCUAUUCUGCCCAUUCUGCAUAGAUUGGUGACUUCGGAUCACACAGCAGACUUAUCGAUUGGCAGCGUCAGCGAGGAAUCCUUGUCCUGCGCUCCGACGCCCUCGGCUGAGGAGUUCACCGACUGGGAGAUGUUAUCCUCGAAUUCGUACACCGAGUGGAAGAUGCUGCAGCACCCGUUGGCCAGCUUCCUCUGUUUGUUGCGCUACCUUACCCACGAACACGAGACGAACCAGGAGCAGCUGCUGAGUAGCGAAUGUCUGGCCAUUGUGGGCACAAUGCUCCAACGCUGUCCGCCGGCUCUGUUCGAUGUGAAUGCCCUAAUGGCCACCCAUCUGCUGAUGGAGUCCUUGCAAGGACACAAGGCAGAGGCAGGCGGGCAGCUGCUGGAUGCAUUGUACGCUCACAUUGUGUUCGAUUUCGCCAUCUGGUCGAGGCUUCAGUUCCAAAUCACCUUGGGACAUGCCCAGUACCUGAGUGCCAUGAUCAAGAACGAUAGAAAGUUCUUCCGCAAAAGGUAUGGCGUCCAGUUUGUCCUGGAUGUCGUGCGCCAGUACUACUCCACGCCGGACAGCAUCAGCGACGAUGACGCCAAGACAAUUCGGGCCACGCUGUUCGGCAUUAUUAAAUUUUACCUCCAAAAAGAAGUGAACAUCAAGGAAGUGAACUCAAUGAUUGCUUUUCUGGCUUCUGUAAGACAGGAUGUGGUACUUGUGGAGUUCCUGGAGAUGAUGACGUUCUAUAUCCGCGGCAAGAACUGCAAGGACCAGAUGGUCCUUCUUCUGCACGAGCCCCAGUCGGCCAAUCUCAUCUACAACUUCUUCGUGGACAAAAGCUAUACUAAUGAGAUUCAAGAGGCAGCUAUAAGGUUUAUCAGUGGAUUGUUGGCCACAUCGCGGGUGCAUCAGAAAUACAAACAAGUGCUUAGAUUGUAUGAUCAGGCCAGUGAGCAGAGCAUGUUCCCCGGGUUCUUCUCCUUCAUCACACCAUUGUCCCUGAGCUCUACGAUCCUGUUCCAUUUGGUGGAUGAAAUGCUGGGGCUGCAGCCAGACUACGCUGGUCUUAUUUUCCUGGUCUAUCAUGUGAGCAGCUGUGAUCUUCCCGUGAAAUUGGAGAUCGCCAAACGACUGCUGCAGACCACCUUCGUCAAGCAGAACUCUACAGUCGCAAUGGCCAAGCAAACUGGAUGGCAAGAGUCCAUUGCCAGGUUGCUAAUUCGCAAGCCCAUCACUAGUUCGCCGCCAGACGAAGAGAAACGACGCAGUUUUGGCAUCAACUUGGAUGUUCUGUUGGAGGAUAACUCCAGCUUCUUGGCCCAAGCAGAUCUUAUUACUUUUUCGGAGCAGGAGAUUGGCUUGGCCCAAUUGCAGCAGCAACAGCAGGAAGAGUUGAGCGACAGCGGACUGAUACUUAAUGAAAUACAGGCCAGCGUUUCAGAGGCAGCCACUGUUAUUGAAAGUGAAAUUAAGGAACUGGCUGAGUCUGUUUCCGGAGCUGUCGUGGAGAAUGCCAGCAGCUUGUUCUCGGUCAUUCGGCAGACCACACAUGAUCUGCAGGAUACAUUCGAGUCGUUGACCUUGGGCAGCUCAUCGGACACAGCCGAUGGCUCACAUACUCCCUCGAUUCAGCGGGAGGAAUCUCUAAGCUCCGACAGCUCUACGCAAUCGCCGCACGGACCUCCAAAGAAAAGUGACUCCCUGGAGAGCACCUCUGCCUUCGACUUUGUGGCCGAUGGCGAUGUGGACACCGAGGAGCAGUUGGUUUAUCUAGUCUCAAAUACGCUCUUUAAUAUAUUCUGGCGUGGAAUACCCAACGAUCAUCCGCAGUGCUGGCAAGAACGUGGCCAAGUGCUGGGCUGCAUUAACUUGUUGGCUCUGAACAAUGAGCUGAUUACCUCGCAUCUCUCGCUGCGCCUUCGCAUACUUGAGAUGGCUGUGCAGGCUUCUCUUUUUGAUCUGUCGGAGCAUGGAAGUCAGACGCUGGUGAACCAGGAGAACGCCUCGCAUAUCCUGCGCAUGGUGUACGAGCUGGUGGUUCUAGGAUCCAACGAAGACGAAUCAAAGAAGUGUUCCACCAAACUGCUGGACGGUGUGCUAGCUUUGCUUGAUGCCCUGAUGAUCUUUCAACAGGGAUCUUCGGACGAUUGGUCCGACAUGAUUCGAUUGUGCUUAGGGCUGCUGCUAAAGUGCUCACACCAUCCGAAUCCUGGAAUUGUGGCCAUGGCGACUGCAAAACUGCAUGCUAUACUCCAAAGUCGUUCUACUGAAGAUCCAGCUGAGCUAUCUUAUCUCCUCUAUAGCAUAAAUAGGGCUCUGGAUAAUGCUAUCGAAGUUGGCAAUCCCGAGGAGUACUCAUUUCUGAUGCCUGUAAUGAAAGCCCUGCUGGAGAAAUGUCGCUUCGCCUUCAACUUGGAGUCCACUCUCCCAGAUCUUCCUUCAACGUCAUCGGGUCCUGUCUUCUUUAAUGAUUUCCAAAUGUAUAGCACCAGCAAGAAGUGGAGAAACUUUAUUGAUCGCAUGGUGAAGCCGAUGUACGAUCGCUACCAGCGCGACAUCGAGCUGCAUCUGUGGGAGCCCAUCAACCGAUUCUGGGCGGAGUGCUACGAGGCCUGCAAGGCGGCCUCCAAGCAGAGGGCCACCAACCAGGCGGAGAACAGACGGCUCUUCCAGCAGAAGAUCUACAUGCCGUGGAAGGUGCGCCAGGUGGAGGAGAUGCAGCGACUCCAGUCGGCUGCACUGCAUCACAAGACGGUCGACAGUCACAUACGGAAGCGGUGGAAGACCGCCAAGCGUUUCCUGUACGGUCCCCGCGGUCCUUGGUACACAGGUGAUUUGGGUGAAGAGUUCUGGAAGUUAUCGCCACACGAGAACGUGGCCCGGAUGCGUCUGAAGUUGGAGCCUCAAUUAUACCCAAAUAAGCACGAGAAUGCCGCCAAUCUGCGUGACAAUGCGACCAGUGCUUAUGACACCAAGGAAAUCUCCGAAUUUGACUCCACCAUCAAGAAUGCCGUGGUGCGUGAUUUCCUGGCCGACGACGAGAGCUCCCAGCUGGAGGAGGAGCUGCGCCAGCUGAUCGACACGCAGGCGCAACAGGAUGUGGCGCUGGAGAAGCUGGUGAUGUCGCAGGACUGCGAGCUGAUCACCCUGAUGACCAAGGUGAAGGGACGCAUCGAGGUCAACCAGAGCAUGUUCACCUUCGUGGACUUGAGUCCGCCAACGGAGGAUGGCUCCAAGCACGACUUCCGCUUCUCCACCAACAAGAUACGCGAGGUGCAUCUGAGGAAGUACAACCUGCGCCGGAGUGCUCUGGAGAUCUUCCUGGUGGAUCAGACCAGUUACUUCCUCAAUUUCACAACCAAGACUCGCAAUAAAGUCUUUACCAAAAUUGUGGGUCUGCCGCUUCCGAAUAUUCUUUACGGCUCUGGAAGAUCUCCGGCUGAGCUGCUGAGAGCCUCGGGUCUUACCCAGAGGUGGAUCAAUCGUGAGAUUUCCAAUUUCGAGUACCUGAUGUACCUAAACACUAUCGCGGGUCGAUCCUACAACGAUCUAAGCCAAUAUCCCGUCUUCCCCUGGAUCCUAGCCGACUACACCAGUGAUGUACUGGAUCUUACGGAUCCCAAAUCAUUCCGUGACUUGUCCAAGCCCAUUGGAUGUAUAAACCCCAAAAACGAGGCGGAGGUGCGCAGCAAGUACGAUUCGUUCGAGGAUCCCUCUGGUGCCAUACCCAAGUUCCACUACGGAACCCAUUACUCCAACUCGGCCGGCGUGCUCCACUAUUUGCUCCGCGUGGAACCGUUCACCUCGCUGCACAUCGAACUGCAGAGCGGUCGCUUCGAUGUGGCCGACCGGCAAUUCCACUCGAUACCUCAGACUUGGAAGCUGCUGAUGGACAAUCCCAACGAUGUCAAGGAGCUGAUACCCGAGUUCUUUUACUUUCCAGAGUUCCUUAAAAACAUGAACAAAUUUGACUUGGGUCACCUGCAGAUAACCAAAGAAAAGGUGGACGAUGUCAUAUUACCCGCUUGGGCCACCACGCCGGAGGAGUUCAUAGCCAUUCACCGGAGGGCCUUGGAGUCGGAGUACGUGAGCCAGCACCUGCACCACUGGAUCGAUCUGAUCUUCGGCUACAAGCAAAAGGGACCCAAGGCUGCCGAGGCUCUGAACGUGUUCUACUAUUGCUCCUAUGAGGGCGCCGUGGAUCUGGACAAGAUCACCAAUCCUGUGGAACGGGAGGCGGUUGAAGGAAUGAUCAACAACUUUGGGCAAGUGCCCUCGCAAUUGCUGCGUGAGCCACAUCCUCGUCGUCUCACCCAGGAUGAAACGGCUCUGAAGUUGGUGCGCGCCGAGCUGAGGAGACCGGACCUCACCCAGUUCCUGGACAAGGUGGUGCAGUACUACUGCGAGCUGUCCACGCCCAAGGAUCCCAUCGUGUACCUGAGUCCGCCGCGGAGUCCGCCGAGAUCCUUCCUCCAGCUGAGUCCCGAUGUUCUAGUCAGUGUGUCCAAGUCCACGAUACUGGGCUGCAAUUCGUGGCUUUCGUUUGACAAGGAUCAGGGAUUCCUGCUGGAAAUCGAUGCCACCACAGCCAAUCUAAAGAACCGCAAGCGAGUCUUUGGACCCUUCCACUCCUCGCAGCCGCCACACUCACAACUCUUUGCCGUGAGCACGGAUGGCAAGCUGCUCUAUGCCGGCGGCAUCUGGGAUAACUCCCUCAGGGUGUACAAUCUGAACAAGGGCAAGGCAGUGGCCUCGGUCACCCGGCAUUUGGAUAUUAUAACUUGCAUUGCCUUGGACAAUUGUGGCUCGUACUUGGUCACCGGAUCACGGGACUGCACCUGCAUCGUGUGGAGCAUCCAGGCGAACCAACAGGGUGGAGGCGGCUCCACCAGCAACAUUCCAGUUCAUGCGCUGACUGGUCAGUCGCACCUGCAGGCGAUCACCCAACUGAACACCCAGAAUAGCUACUCGCCCAAGCCGUUGACGGUGCUCUAUGGCCACGAUGAUGCGAUCUCCAGUGUGGCCAUCUACACGGAGCUGGAUCUGGUGGUCUCCGGAUCGCUGGAUGGAACUGUCAAUGUGUAUACCCUGCAAGAAGGUCAAUUUGUGAGAACACUCAAGCCCAUUGGAUGCACUGAAUCCUGCGUACAAAUCUCUUUUGUAACCCUUUCCUAUCAUGGUCACAUCGCCUUCAGUGCCCUGGACGACACCUCGCACUCGGUGCACGUGUACAGCAUCAACGGCUGCAGUCUCGGCUCCAAGUACGUUUCUGGCCGGGUCACUGGACUGGCCAGUGCCUCCGACUACCUGGUGGUGGCCGACGAUGCCGGAGACAUCACAAUGAGCAGACUUCACGGGUUAAAACCCGUCUUCGACAUUCCGCUGCACGUGCCCAUCCAGACGGUGGUGGUGACCCCGGGCAACACGCACAUCCUGGCGCCUCUGAGGGAUGGACGACUGGCGGUGAUCGCCGUGCAACUGCCCUCCGGCGGCAACAAGAAGCAUUCCGUGCUCAAUGUUUAAGAAGAACAGAACAGGAGCUGAGCUGGACAUUGGACCUCCUGAGAUCCCGAAUUUUACUAUCUGCCUAGCAUUAGUGGUUUCACCUUUUCGUUUCGUUUCGUAUCGAUUCUUUUCUCUCGCUUUUAGCCCACUCUAGAAUUAGUUAGUGUCUCGUGAUUUGUCAUGAUUUAUUUUCGGUCGUUUCCCAUGCUACGUGACGUGCCAAAAGCAAAGCCUUUGACCAACGAACAAUUCCCAGAAAGUUGACAAAUGUGUCUAAAGAUAUUCAGCAAAGCCGAUUGAUUGCAUUCGCGGUAUUUCCAUGCCGACCACGCCAAUCAGUAUUUCCCAGUCCCAGUCGGACGACGUGCGUGCCCGCCACCUGUCGCAGUGGCCGAUCCUCCCCAGAAAUGAUCGAUGGCCCACACUUCGUCGCUUGACGAAAAUGUUAAUAAAUCAUCAAUCAUGCGCGACGCGGUGGCGGUGGGGAUUUAUCUCCCCGGCAAAUGGGACGAAGAAGACGCAGAUGGAGCGAGGUUGUGGUGGUGGUGGUGGAAACUGGUUGUCGACGCACUUGGCAACUACUUCGCUCUGAAUCACGAGCGACUUUCAAAUUGGCCCAUAAGAAACAAAAAAAAAUCAAAGCUGAAAAAGAACCAAAAAAAAAAAAAAAGCCGCCCGGCAACAGCGGCAAGGCGCUUUAAAAGCGGCAACCGAUCGCACCGAUCGACGGACGGCAUCCAGCUGCUCGGGUGCUCAAGAGAAACACUUUCGGUGCGCCCCCUUUUCGCCUGCGGACACCAGACCAAUCCCAUCCAAAACCAAAACCAAAAAUAGAGCCCAGAGAUCUUCGUCCCAUCAAGUAGGCACACUCGAAUCACAUGGUAUCCAAUCACUGACAGAGCAUUUCCAAUUGAAAGUAUUAUCACCUCACGAUUACAGUCCGUCCACAAUACAGAGAUCCGCACACAAAAAGACAAUACCAGUGCCCCCCAAGGCAAGAGAUACCCAAAUGAAUCCGGAUUGUGAUUCUAUUCCGGUGCCCAUUCCAUUCCCCCCAAAAAACUUCUGCCUUUGAUCUAACUCGUCAGGCUCUAGAAUUUGAAUUUCCAAAGACAAGCGACAAUAUCAAAGGUGAAUUGAAUAUACACAUUCGGCGAAUCGUAAUCGCACAUAUAGUAAUAUAGUAGAGAACAUUCGCACAAUCGGGACGUGAGAUUAUCUGCUGAAUCCGAACGAGCUAUCUAUAUCUUACUCCAGCAAUAUAUAGUAUAUAUCAUCUGUGUACGUAAAGGUCCUUCGGGAUCGGAGUUCGUUAUUUGUUGUUAAGAUCGUAUCGCGUAAUAUCGUAAAAUGUUUUGCCCGUUCAAUGUAUUUUCGUAACUGUACGAGUUUAUGUAGAUAAUGUGACUAUCCAUAGUUUGUAGAGAUUUGUCAAUAAAGUGAUGCAAACCACAGUA